ACCACUCUCAGAAAUGGAAAACAUUUACCACCGCUUCAAAAAGAGCAUGGUUUAUCCCGAAAGAUUCAGUCUUAACCAAGUAAGUGGCAAACCUAUGGCCAGAUCUUCAUCUUCAUGGUGCGAUUCAAACAUGGAACGGAACCACGUAAUAAGAUUAGUGUCUUCAAAUCCAUCAGCCACCCCACAAAGUAACGGAACGGUUGAGGACAAUUUUGGUGAACCAAUCCACGAUAAUCAACCAGUUCUUCCAGCUUUGCCGAAAAGCAGCCCCAGUUUAAAUGGUAACAAAACAAUAAGUGACAAUAGUGACAGAGUUAACUCUGCUUCAUCCAGCUCGUCUAAUGCGAACGCCAACCAACAGUUUAUUCAAGACAGAAUAAGGCAUUUGGUGUCCGCCUUUUCGUCCAGAGCUCAAGCCGCGAGAGAAAAAAUCGACGCUCCUGCCACCCCAUCAUCAAUCAGCAGCAGAGAAACUAUAGAGCACACACCUGUGCCACUAAAACCCAAACCCAGCAUCUCAUUCUCGGAUAAAUACAUCGAAGAUGAUGAAAUCAUCUUUAAAGGACGAUCGUUAUUAAGGAGAUUAGAUGAGAAAAUCAUCGACCCCAACGGUAAAACAUAUAUGACCUGGAUGUCAUUCGCGGCGAUGGCCGUGCUGUACAAUGCAUGGGUAAUCCCCUUGAGGAGCACGUUCCCUUACCAAACAAAGGAUAAUAGAGCUAUAUGGAUGACGUUCGAUUAUAUAGCCGAUUUUAUUUACAUUGUCGAUAUGAUUAUAAUACAGCCGAGGGUUAAAUAUUUGAACGAAGGGUUCUGGGUCACGGAAAGGCGGUCGCUUAGGAUGAAUUACAUCAAAAACAAACAUUUCAAGCUGGACCUAAUAUCCCUAACACCCUUGGAUUUACUUUACUUCCUGCUUGGCCCAGAGUUCGUAAUACUGCGCUUUCCACGUUUCUUCAAGAUGCACACUUUCUGGGAAUUUUUCAGCUACGUAGACAAACUUCUAGCCAAUCCCUACGUCAUAAGAAUCACCAGAACUCUGAUGUACAUGAUGUACUUAAUCCACCUCAAUGCUUGUGCUUAUUAUGCCUUCUCUGACUGGGAAGGAAUUGGCACUAAUAACUUCGUAUACAGCGGAAACGGAAGUGCCUAUAUCAAAUGCUUUUAUUUUGCCACCAAAACUGCGACCUCCAUAGGAAAAAAUCCUAAGCCGACGCAAGAAAUAGAAUACAUGUUCAUGACGUUCUCGUGGUUGAUGGGUGUCUUUGUUUUUGCUCUGUUAAUUGGUCAAAUACGAGAUAUUUUCUCGACAGCUCAAAGAUCCAAGACUGAAUAUAGGAAACUGGUGGACGAAACAUUGGAAUACAUGCGUAGAUUGAAUCUGCCACAAGAUAUGCAACGAAGGGUGCAAUUAUGGUUUAAUUACACAUGGGAGACUCAACACACCCUUGACGAAAAUACAAUAAUGGACUGUCUGCCGCACAAAAUGAAAACUGAUAUUGCAAUUAAUGUGCACAUACAAACUUUAAGCAAAGUGAAACUCUUUGCUGAUUGUGAUGAGGCAUUACUUAGGGAACUAGUUCUUCAGCUCAAGUCGGUUAUUUAUUUGCCAGGUGAUAUAGUUUGUAAGAAAGGGGAUGUUGGAAAAGAAAUGUACAUAAUCCAGUCAGGAAAAGUACAAGUAAUCGGUCUCAAACAGGAUGAAGUCCUGGCAACCCUAUCAGAAGGAUCAGUGUUUGGUGAAAUCAGUCUGCUUGGCAUUCCUGGGAUGAACAGGAGAACUGCAGACGUUCGAUCACAAGGUUAUUCAAAUUUAUUUGUCCUAAGUAAGGCAGACUUAAAUGCUGCCUACCCGGAAGCUCAAGACCUACUGAACAAGAAAGCCAAACAACUGAUGAAGAAAAACGCGGCACUGGAAAGGAAACACAACGCCAUGAUUAUUAUAAACAAUCCAACUUCUCCAGAAAAGCAAGCCAAACUGCUGGAAACUGUUCUGAAAGUCUUGCCUCCCGAUUCUAAAACCAACAGAUUGUUGAGGUUUGGAAGCAGGAUGAAACCUCGAGGGAAUCCUGAGAACGACAUUUUUAAAUACAGAAACAGCUUACCGACCAUUCGAAGAAAUUACGAUGAUGAUGAUGAUGAUGAUGAAGACGACAGAACUUUCCAGGCUAAAGUUACAGUUCAUAGAACUUUAAGUUAGAUUGAUUAAGAUAAUUUCAUAUUUGGUUAAACGGUAUUUACCUAAUUUUUAAGACUGAUUAUUUAAUCAAUUUAUAUUUUGUAUUAGAUGGAUAGUAAAUUAUACAAUGUUAUAGUUAAAAUUUUAGAACUGAUUUAGAUUUAUAUAUUGUUUAUUAAAAAAAGGACCAGCCCAAGUAGUGAGAAGAAUAAUGUAAUAAUGGACUGUUCUCAUUUCAAUUUAAAAAGGGCAUAUAUGUAAAUUUAUAAAGGGAAUAUAUUCAUAAUAAAUUUUACAAAAUGUGUAGAAUAAUAUAUGUUACUAUUUUUGAAAGCAAUUGAUUAUAAUAUUUUAAUAAUUAUAUAAA